AUUUUGCUUCGAAGUAUUUUCUCGCACACAAAAGCAUAACUUGCCGUCGCGCCCCCUCCGCCGCCAUCAACCAGCCGCGCGCCACCGCUGAGACUCGAACUCAGCACAGAGCUCUACUGCUUUUGACUUCUGAAUCCUCGUCGGAGAUUUGAGCAAUGGCUGCUUCGAAUUCUUCUAAAAUGUUUCGUGUUGGUCGUUCGAUCCUUGGUGGCCUCACCAACAGUUCUUUCAGUUCAAUCCGGACAUCUCCUCAGUCGACACAUGCGGAUUUCUUAUCCCAACAAACGAGAACUUUCAUUCAAAUGAGAACCAAUCUUAAGGUGGUGGAUAAUUCGGGAGCCAAACGGGUUAUGUGCAUACAAGCCCUCAAGGGAAGGAAAGGGGCUCGACUAGGGGACACAAUAGUGGCCUCGGUGAAAGAGGCUCACAUGGGUGGAAAAGUGAAGAAGGGAGAUGUUCACUAUGCUGUUGUGGUUCGUGCUGCUAUGCAGCGUGGAAGGUGUGAUGGGAGUGAAGUUAAGUUUGAUGAUAAUGCAGUCGUUCUAAUCAACAAACAAGGUGAGCCGAUUGGGACACGAGUGUUUGGCCCGGUUCCUCAUGAGUUGAGGAAAAAGAAGCACCUCAAGAUUCUAAGCCUUGCCGAGCAUAUUGCCUAAUGAGAGUUUCUUGAAGCUUUUUUUUUUUUUUUUUUUUUU